CCCUCCCUCUCUCUCUCCCCGCUCUCCUCCGUCUCCUCCGGGCUGCUAACUUCUCGUCGACGCACCACUUGGCUUCAGUUUGUUUUGGACUGCAUACGGAGACGCGGAGAAGACAUGGCUUUCCUUCUGCUGCUCUUUCUUCAGGUCUGCCUGUUGCACGGGAGCGUGUUCGCCAAGGUAGAGCUGUCUAUGCAUGAGAGCGUUGAGGUGUACAUGGGUGACAUGGCUGAGAUCAUCUGCCAGUACAACUUUACUGACACUGACAACGAGCACGGCUUUUACAUCCAGUGGUUUGUGAAGGCUGUACAUGACCGCUCACGGACGCGGAUCUUUUAUGGUGAUGCCAGCACACAAGUGGUUGAUAAUAACACGGACUACAGCGGCCGCAUUACAGUGGUUUGGGACCAGAAGGAAACGCGAGUCACAAUCCAGAAUGUCAAACUCUCUGACGAGCGGGAAUUCUUCUGCCAGGUUAGCGGGCUGGCUGCUGGGAAUGCUGAGGGCAAGACCCACCUCAGAGUGUUUGCUCCUCCAGUUGCUCCAGUGAUUGAGGGUGUCCUUACUGGAGUAUCUGUGACUAACGACAUGCUAUCUAAGGUCGCGUCAUGUGAGACACGAAAUGGCUUCCCUAAACCCAACAUCACCUGGUACAGGGACGGCGAACGACUGAUGAAUGAACCAGGACGUGUGAACCUGUUGAUCCUGAGCACUCUGGAGUCCAGUGGCUUCUACAGCGUCCAGAGCACAUUGAACUACAAGGUGGUAAAGGAGGACAAGGAUGCCCAUUUCUCCUGCGAAGUCAGCUUCUUUGUGCCGGGAGCUAUCAGGACAGUCGAGUCCCAAAGCAUCAACAUCACUGUUCAUUACCCCACCAGCAUGGUGGAGCUUUGGAAGGAGUCGCCCAAGGGCUUGGUCAAAGAGGGGGAUACUGUGGAGCUACGUUGCCAGGGUGAUGGCAACCCCCCACCGCCCUUCACUUUCAACAAAGUACAAGAGCCUGAUGUGGAUUUGGAGAGCAGCGGCGAUGUGCUGAUCCUGUCCUCGGUGUUGCGGAAAGAUAGUGGCAUCUACCAGUGUCGCCCUCUGGACAUCGAUGGCAGUAUGGAGGUCAAAGGAGAAGUGUUGCUCACUGUGCAUUACUUGGAUACAGCUGUUGUGGUACCCAAAGACUCAGAGGUAAUGCUCAUAGGAGAAGAUUUGACUGCAACCUGCAACGCUCUGUCCUCCCUCCAUACAUCCACUGUCUGGUACAAGGAUGGGAAGCAGGUGGGUCAGGGGAACACGUUGCACCUGCACGACGCCACCUAUGAAACAAGUGGAGUGUAUAAAUGUGAGGUGACCGUGCUCUCCCUGCCUGCCCUGCACACCAGCGGCUCUGUUGAAAUCAUCGUCCAGGGUGGUCCCCAGCUGCUGGGUGUGGAGCAGAAGGUCCAGCUGGAGGAAGUGGAAGGCAGGAUGGUGAACCUGAGCUGCGAGGCUCUGGGCUAUCCACUGCCAAGCAUCUCCUGGAACAUCACUGGCAGCCAGAACUGGCAUGAAGUGGUGAGCAAGGCAAAUGAGCACAUGACUCACAGCACGGUGUCGGUCAAAGUCACCUCGGACAUCAGCGCUGUGUGCAACGCGUCCAAUGACAUGGGCACUGAAGUCAAGGCUUUCAGCAUCAAAGCCAUUCCCAGGGUCACCACAACUCUUCCCUUCUCUCCUGCAGAGGGCAGUGGGGUGAUCAUAGUCGUCAUCAUACUGUGUCUGCUGCUGCUGGCCUUCCUUGGCAGUGUAAUCUACUUCCUGCACAAGAAGGGAAAGAUCCCCUGUGGACGCACCGGCAAGCAGGAGAUCACCAAAGAGAAGACCACCAAAGAUGACAUUGUAGUGGAGAUGAAGACCAACACAAAGAAUGAGGAAGCUGUCCUCCUAAAGGCUGUCAAUGGAGACAAAAAGGGCCCUAACAACCAGCCCCUGUGAGGAUGUGCAGCAGACAGCGGGAAACAUGAAGCCAGCGGUGGGCGUGUGUGUUGGAACAGCAGAGGCGGGAGAUGCUCCCACUGACCUGAGGCCUGCGGGGUAACACCACCUCACAGUCCGGACGUUUGACCCACCGUGCUUUGUUCACAGCAGUAUUCAGAAGAUCGACACAGAGCCACACUCAUAUACACACACACACACACACACACACACACACAGAGAUGUAUAUACAGAUCUGUAUUUUCUUUUGAGUGAAUGUUUUCUUCCAUUCAUUAGUUUUGUAGUAUUUCCUGAAACUGUGUUCAGCUCUGGUUGUUCAGUGUGUAUGA